UAGGAGGGUGAAAGGAAGAGGAGGGAGGGUAAGAGGUGAUACAGGGGGAGGAAGAAGAGGAGGAGGAGGAGGAGGAGGAGGAGGAGGAGAAGGGUGGGUGAAAGGUGGAGGGUGAUGACGUGACGGUGGUGGUGGUAGUGGUGGUGGUGGUGAUAGUGGUGGUGGAGGUUCACGUUCUUAUGUUAGUCUACGGUUGCCACUCGCCCGCGACACACCACUACCACCACCAUCACCACCACUACCACCACCACACUACCACACCACCACCACUAUCACCACACCACAACCACCACCACCACCACUACUACGACUCUUACUACAUAACAUAUAAUCAAAGAAAACAGCCUUCAUUUAGACUUGGAUGGCGAAAGACCCUCUCAUCUUUAGCGAAUGAUGAGUGAAAUGAGUAAUGGUGCACCCCAGGCAUGGCGGAGGACACUCAUGAGGGCAAGGGAAGCGAGAGAAGUGGCACUUUCCACCUGCACCUCAGACUGGAAGGAAAACUCAAGUGUCUGUAGCAAGAAAAAAACUCGUAUUCAGAAACGCUUUGUUCACUCACCACGACUAUUUUCAAAGGCCAUAGAGGUGAUCAGCCGGGUUUUGUUAGUAACGUAGAAAUCUUUUCAAUCUGUCACUAGAACAAUAAAAAAACAUUCUUAUAAACCUGUGUAACUUUAACUAGAGCCUUUUGAAAGUAGUCCGGGUGCGCCGCAAAAGCGUUCCAGAAUAUGAGCCAAAGUUGAGGCGUUAAAAACAGAGCACAAAUUGAUCUGCCUCUCUGGUGCGACGCGUGGCGCGGCUACCUGGUCACGAACACCAUGACGAGUGACCCCAGUGGAAGUGACACUCUUCUGGAAGACAAGAGCAAUGAGUUCACACCUCUGACGUGAGCACUUCGAAUCUGCCCCAGUGAACUUGAGGAAUGGAGGUCAGACGCGCCUCCCUCGUCGGCAAGGUCAUGGAUGUCCCCACGCCUAAAGAGAAAGGAGGGCGUAUGGACCCUAUAGGCGGCGCUGCGAAGCCCAAUGGCGUGGUGGCGGGCGGGAAGCUGGCCAGUUUGAGGACGCUGAGUGGCGGGCGGAGGAGUGACGGGUUAGCCAGCAGAGGAAACCUGUCCGUGGAUGGCCUGCUGGCAAGUAAGGGAGUCAUCAGCAGCGGACCGUUGCCUUACAGCGGGGACGUGGUCAAUAACGUAGGCACCAGUGCGGGCGUGGGUAGCGGUGUGGGCGUGAGUGGUGCGGGCGGCGGUGCAGGUUCGCAAGGCUUCGUGGAACUGUCAAGACGGCGGCUGGCUAAUGACCCCGCCAUGAUGCGAGAACUGAAGCGAUACCAGGAGUUGAUGCUACAGACGCUGCUGCCGACCAUCUCCAGUGACGGGGAGCAACACUACGCCCAGCCGCGCCUCCACCUCGCCCAGGACUCCAUGGACAUUUUCCCGGGCCAGCGAGGACAGCCGGACGGCACGGAUAACCCCGACAAGGCCCCGAGCGAGCACCUGCCGCGACCUGAGCCUACAGACGCGAUCUCCGGUGCCACGCAGCACCUGACGCCCUUCCGCCGCGCCGCCCCGCACACCACCAAGUCUGCCUGUAGCCACGAUAGUCAAAGCAGCAGGAGCAUGCCGUCAGGACCUGCUAGUGCCGGAACACGACUCCCCCACGCUGUCUACCAUCACAUGGACACAUCGCCGCGCCCCUCACACCGGAGAAGAAGUAGCGAUGACCAGCACAGGAGGGCACGUAGAAAGAGCCACGACGAGGGUGCGCACAGACGGAGGAGCCAUGGGGACGAGGCGCGGGAGGAGGAGGAGGAUGUGGAGUCGUCGAGGCUGCUGGGAGCGAAUGCUGGGGAGCUCGACCUCUUGACCCUGGCGGCGCUGUACCUGGAGAGUCGCCACCGCGUGUUUGGCCAGGAACUGCACCACGCCCCUCCCAACACAAGGCCGCACACUCAAGGAGGGACCCAGGGCAUCGCCGGCACAGGUAUCGCAGGGACAGGAAUCGCACGUCCUCGCCGCCUUUCUCCCCUCUCCCCGUCAGACUCACCGCCCAAGGAAGACAAGGACAAGGAACGUAUGAUUUUCUCUACAGUGAUGCCAACGCCAGCAGGACUCCACCUCUCCGUCAACUACACGCAGAAUCUUGGUCUUGAGGAGUCAAUGUACCUUGCUGAGCGCGCCCGUGCCCUCCGUCCACGCCUUCGUCGGCUUAAUUCCCUUGACGACCUCCUAUCCUCCCCCUCGGGCGCCUCCUCCGCCUCCCACCUGCAGAAGGCUACCUCUGCCCCUGACCUCUCCUCCAGCGGCCACGGCAGGAAGGGGAAUCUUGACUUGGUCCUGUCCCGCGUGUCUUCCCAGGAUAGUCUCUCCCCGUCCUUGGUCACGCCCGCGAGAGCCAACACCCCGACGGAGGCCAGACACUCAGCCGCCCUUGUCCGCCCGCAGAUGGUAGGCGGGUCCCUGGCCACGAACUCGACUGUGGACACCGCGAAGACCUCCACCACGCAGGGACAAGGCCAGGACGUGCUCGGUAACCUGACGAAGAAGCGCCAACUUUCCCAACUCCCGGAGUCUUCGCGCGCCGCCCUCCCGCCACCCCGCCUGUCCUUCCGCAGCGCCCCGCGUGCCCCAGGAGUCCUUGGUGAGGGAUCUGCCCCGUACCCCGCCCUCCUACAGCUUCAGAGGGAGUGAGGAGGGUAGGAAGAGUGCAUCUGGAGCCUCUUGGUGUUAGGAAGUCCUCGCAUUGAGAGAGAGAGAGAGAGAGAGAGAGAGAGAGAGAGAGAGAGAGAGAGGCUAAUAUUAUUCAAAAGAAGUUAUGGCCAUUGCAUGAACCCCGAAGAACAUAACUUAACCUUUUUUUUCAUCUGUUCCAUCUGUUUCCUCAUAACUCCAAAUAAACAAAACAGUGACACACUAACCUAGGAAAGUAAAUGAAGCUUCGAACAGAGAGCUCGCUGAGGAAACUAUGUAAAGAAGGGAGAUGUAGGAAAGUAGUAAGACAAAAACAGGGGAAAGGAGGCGAAGCGUAAGGAAAGGAAGGAAGGAAGGAGUGAGUAACAGUGAAAGAGAAACAGUAUCACCAUAAAGCAAAACAGUAUCACAUGGGAUGAAUGCAGUGAGUGAAGCUUCGAAAAGAGAGCUUGAUAACCUAGAUUUCUGAAGCUCGAGUGAUUGAUUGAGUGAGUGAGUGAUUGCCUGCCCUGUCCUGGUGUGGUGCAGCAUGGUUUGGCGUGGCGCGGUAUUGGCAAGCAUGCGUGUGUGUCUCAAUAAUUCAAAAACUGACGGUCAAUCAAUAGCAACAGCUGACCACUCAGUAUUACCGUGUAUUAUUCAUCUUGACCCAGCAUUCCUCUGUGCGAAUAUGUGUAUAGUCAUCAUCAGGAUAUGUAUUAGGAAAGAGGAUGCCUUAUUUUUGUUCUUCUUCUUCAGUGUAUACAUAAACUAUUGAAGGCUGUACCUGUGAUAACCAGUGUCUUUGGAAAGCUACGUGAACUAAUUAAUGAACCAGGUGUGA